UAACGUUAACAUGACCCCAGGCUGCUUCUGUUGUGUAACUUGUGUGCAGGGCACCUCCCCCUCCCUCUACCGCCGAGUCACGCCUUUCGCCUCCUCUACCCACAGCUUCCUUCCUCCUCCUCCUCCUUCUCCUCCUCCCCCUCCUCCUCCUCCUCCUGCGCUCUCCUGUUCUUCUGCCAUCCAUCACUCGAACAAUGAUUGUUUGAAUAUUUGAUCUUCAUCCUAAAGCGACAGACCCUAGCUUACCGAGACGAGACAGUUUACCUCGCUCCAGGUCCUCUAGAGUCUAUUUCGUACCCUGCCUUCUUGCACGGGCCCAAUACCAGCCGUACCGUACCUAGGUAGAGGUAGAAUACAGCCAUACCCUCCCCGUACCGUGCUGGACCAUCCUGCCAUCCAGCCAUCCAGCCAUCCAGACCGCCAACCCCCAAAUCUUAGGCAAUCUCAUCUCGCUUAUGCCAACCCCAUUCGACAUCCGACUGACUUGCCUCGUCUUUCGUCCCUCAGCGCCUUUGAAUCGAAUCUCCUCUGGUCAUCUCACAAGAGCUCACAGAGGUCAUUCCAAGCUUUCGAAGCUUUCGUCCGCUCUCUAUUCCAGUUGUCGCAUCCUCUUGCGCCAGCUUUCGCCGCUCUAAUCGCGUUCCCUGAAGCGCGACAAGUUCCCGACCUCAUUGAAGUCGUAUCAGGGGGUAUCGUCACUCGAUCUACCGCCAUCCGCCGACGCGUGCAGAUAUAUUUCAUUCCGAGGAACUAGAUAUCAUCGCGGCGUGUAUCUCUAUACCAGACCUCCCUCGGUCUUGAAUUGCCCUCGAUGAGUAAUGAGAUAAUACAGCCGACGGAGCAAGAUCUUAGCCGCUCGACUUCAGCUGAAGGUGGAAAGGCAUCAAAACCACCUGCGCUGGAUACAUCAAGCUUCACGAACACCCCACAUCCGCCCAGCUCUUCUACCCAGGCUACUUCAACGCAGAACACCGCUACGACUGAAGAUUCCGAGAGCACUGCCUUAUCGGGAUCACAAUACGAGAAAGAUUCCUUGCGAGUAGCGGAUGAGGCUCCAGAAGUCCCAAAGAAAAACCGCGGCCUUCUUCCAAUUCCAUCCAGAUCUUCUUCCCACAAGAUACAACCAUCGCCAACAACCACUGGACUGAGCGGAGCUACUGUUAGCGAUCCAGCAGAUAGCAUAGGGGGCAGAUCGAAGGAGUCGAAGGGGAGCAUUUUGGGAACGAGGCGGAAUGGGAGUGCUACAAGUAGCAAGAUGUCGAUAACACAACAAGGAGUAUCGGCAGGCCCAGCUGGCACAGCAAACAAUGCAGCUUCAAAUCCUACAACUUCUAGACAACCAAAGAAGAAAGGGCUCUUUUCAUUUCUCUGCUGUGGAGUUCCGGAUGGCGGCAGUCCAACAGAUCCAAGCGACGCAGCUGUGCCUGCAAACAAGGUCACAAAGGUUCCAUCGGCACGACCUGCAACGGCUAGCCGACCGGACCAGGGAACAUCAGUACCAGCAAACAGCAACCCGACAAAUCCUCAGACAGAAAAGGAAGCUCUUCGCCAGGAUGCUCAGCAGGCUGGGAGUGACAAAGAGAGCAGCGAUGUCAAAGCUGGUUCAGGUCGAACUGUACAAACGGGAGCUGGAAUUCCACCAGCAGCAAACGGUGACCUGAAUCAAACAGCUGGAGAUACACGUGAUCAAGCAUUGCCUGAACUUCCAAAAGAGACAGAGGAGCCAGCAAGUGGUGGCCAAAGUACAAACCCAGCAGUCGUAGUACAGGGACCAUCCAGAUCCGAAUCAAAAGUCUCCACCACCCAAAAACCGGCCCAGGAGCAGCAAGACGCGGAAGGUGAUACCAAGAUGAUUGAUUCUGGAACAGUGCCAGCAGACAAGGCAGAACCCCCUACUACAGCAGUUCGAAAAGACGAUACUGUCAACAAGGCAGCUUUGCCCCCACCACCACCCGUCCCUCAAUCCCUAUCUGGGCCUAGCGAGGAUCCAGCAUCCCCGGAACCAGCCGAGCAGAAGUCGCAAUGGUUAUUACCCCCGAUCGCUCCCAGGUUUCAAGGGAAGAAGUGCCUUGUACUAGAUCUGGACGAGACUCUGGUUCACAGCAGCUUCAAGGUAAGUUUUCCUCGACAUGCCGAAUACAUUUGCUGAUUUUCUUCCAAGAUUCUCCACCAAGCCGAUUUCACUAUUCCAGUUGAAAUCGAGGGUCAAUACCAUAAUGUGUAUGUGAUCAAGAGACCAGGUGUUGAUCAGUUCAUGAAGCGGGUAGGCGAACUCUAUGAGGUUGUUGUAUUCACAGCAUCCGUCUCAAAGUACGGCGAUCCUCUUCUCGAUCAGCUGGAUAUCCAUCACGUUGUUCAUCAUCGCCUGUUCCGUGAAAGCUGUUAUAACCACCAAGGCAACUAUGUCAAAGAUUUAUCUCAGGUCGGGCGGGAUCUUCGGGAAACAAUUAUCAUCGACAACUCUCCCACUUCAUACAUCUUCCACCCCCAACACGCUGUUCCCAUCAGCAGUUGGUUUUCGGAUGCACACGACAACGAGCUCCUCGACUUGAUUCCUGUCCUUGAAGACCUAGCAGGUUCGCAGGUACGAGACGUCAGUCUUGUUCUUGAUGUCGCCCUUUGAAGCAAAUUUUAUGUGCGCUUCUGCAUGCAAAUACACUUGCUAUCAUAGCGGAUGGCGUUUUUUGGUUGAUACCUUUGGUUUCGUUGUAGAAUGUACUGUUUAAUCUAUAUAAUAGGUCUUCCCUGGCCAGACCAGAGCAGCCACUUUAAAUUGAUCGGGGGAUGGUAUGGUCAUAUUGAGCGGGUCAUCAAAAACGGACGGAAGAAAAGAUGAAAACGCAUUUGUUUCCAGGAGCUGGAUAUACGCCUCUUUGUACGACAGGCUGGCGGAACGGAAUUGUAAAGGAAGGAAGACUGGAGGGAGUUCCAGCCUCAGGAGAAGCAUAACAGAGCAGCAGACCACGCUGCAUUCGCAAUAUUUCCUUUUUGUUCUCAUCUUACUAGCGAAGCAAGCAGGGGGAGUCGAGUUGAUACCUGGGUGCCCGUGGGGAAAGGGUUGGUGCGCUGCAUGCAUGGAAACACAGAUGCUGACGGGGGAAGGGAUUCUAUAUUUCAUUUGUUCAUCUUCUCUUCAAUUCACAGCAUGCCUCAAGAGGCGCAAAUAUUGGCAGACGUUCCAGACAGAGAUCACCUUACUGUAUCAAUGUAACUGAGCUAGUCAUGGGUCGAGGUUUAUGGUGGUGCUAGAUAUGGAGAGGUAAAGUGCAUCCGUCAUAGGCAAACAAAUGGAAAG